AUGGGCCACGAGGCAACCUCCAAAGAUACAGGCAGCACUGCCGCGCCUGUGCCCGCACUCAACGAUGAAAUCGACAUUCAACAAGGCGACAAAAGCGCCCUCCCCUCGGGAACAUUUGACCCUGUCUACGAGGCCAAAGCUCGCGAACUCAACAAGGCUAUUCAAGCCAUUGGCAUGGGCAAGUAUCAAUGGCAGCUGUUUGUCGUCAUUGGUUUCGGCUGGGCGAGCGACAAUCUCUGGCCGAUUGUUACAUCCUUGAUUCUUACGGCCGUUGGGAAUGAAUUCAAGCCGACUUAUGAUGCGUACCUUUCUCUGUCACAGAACAUCGGGUUACUGAUCGGGGCCAUCUUCUGGGGUUUCGGGUGCGAUUUGUUCGGUAGAAAGUGGGCAUUUAAUUUGACCAUUGGUAUCACCGGAGUGUUCGGUCUUAUCGCUGCGGGUUCACCCAAUUUUGCAGCUAUCUGUGUCUUUGCGGCGUUGUGGUCGGUGGGUGUAGGUGGAAAUCUGCCAGUUGACUCGGCCAUCUUUCUCGAGUUUCUGCCAGCGUCGCAUCAGUACUUGCUGACCGUGCUGUCGAUCGACUGGUCAUUUGCGCAACUCGUGGCGUCGCUGGUAGCAUGGCCGUUGUUGGGCGAUUAUACCUGCCAACAAACCGACAAGGACUGUACGCGCAGUAAGAAUAUGGGCUGGCGGUAUUUCAUGAUUGCCAUGGGUGGCCUGUCAAUGGUCAUGUUUGUCAUUCGCUUUGCGCUUUUUACAAUCUACGAAUCACCAAAAUAUCUCAUGUCGCGCGGGAAGGAUGCAGAGGCGGUAGCUGUUGUGCAUGAAGUUGCGCGCCGAAAUGGGAGGACGUCUGACUUGACUCUUGAGGAUUUGACGCGGUACGAUUCACUUGCUGAUGGAAGAGAGGAUGGCGUCAGAGCGCAACAGACAUCUGCCGUGGCAGCGUUGGAGCGCAAUCUCGAAAAAGUCAGCUUUACGCAUGUGCGGUCGUUGUUCUCGACGGUGCGACUGGGAAUUUCUACGUCGAUGAUUACAGCGAUUUGGGCAUUUAUCGGGCUGGGGUAUCCAUUAUACAAUGCCUUCCUGCCCUACAUCCAAGCCACCCGAGGCGCCGACUUUGGCGACGGAUCAACCUACAUCACCUACCGCAAUGAAGUCAUCAUCUCCGUCCUGGGUAUACCAGGCUGUAUCCUAGGCGGAUUUCUCGUCGAACUGCCCCGGUUCGGCCGCAAAGGCGCUCUAGCUCUGUCGACAACCCUCACCGGCGUUUUUCUGUAUGCAUCCACGACGGCAACGACCUCCAACGCCCUGCUAGGCUGGAACUGCGCCUACAACUUCGUGAGUAACAUCAUGUACGCCGUGUUAUACGCCUAUACACCGGAAGUCUUCCCGACGAAAGAUCGCGGCACGGGAAACGCGAUUGCAGCGUCAGCGAAUCGUAUUUUCGGGGUUAUGUCGCCGAUUAUUGCGAUGUUCGCGAAUCUGAACAGUGCGGCGCCGGUGUACGUUAGUGGAGCGCUGUUUAUUGCGGCGGGAUUGUUGGCGUUGGCGUUGCCGUUUGAGUCGAGGGGGAGAGCCAGUUUGUAA